CUCUCUCUCUCUCUCUCUCUCUCUCUCUCUCUCUAUCUCUAUAACUCUCUCGCUCAUUAUCUCAAAGAAUGGCAGGGGGGACCCCAACACUAAUCUUGACGGUUGAUCUGGAGUGCCGUCUUUGCAGCAAGAAGAUAAAAAAGGCCAUUUGCAAACUCCAAGAACGAGAGCGCAUUCAGAAAAUAGAGUACGAUGAGAAGAAGAAUACAGUGACGAUUUCUGGGCCGUUCGAUCCCGUCAAGCUGAAGAAUAAGCUCUGUUGCAAGGCUUGUGAAGCCAUUAAGAAUAUCAACAUAAUAGAGCCCACGCCGCCCCCGCCGCCCCCGCCGCCCCCGCCGCCGAGGAAGCCUGAACCGGUUUACUUGCCAUUCUGGCCGGUUGGGCCACCCAUACCGGUUCCGGUUUGCCAUCGCCGACCGUGUUAUGUGGGGUGCAAUGACAUCUGUCGAAGCUGCAACUGCGGGUGUGGAGGGGUGGGGCCCUGCUCACUGCCAGUUGUCGGUAAGCCGGUCACCUAUCAAUUCUCCUUUGAUUGUGAAGGGGCUCCUGCUCCUCCGCAGUGUAGUGUUAUGUAAUAAGUUGUUUUUAAAGGUGCAGUUUGAAAAAAAAAUAAAAAAAGAGCAUUUUUUCGCCCUA